AUUUGAAUAUAAAAAAUAGUUGUGAAUAAUGGUACUAAUUUCCUGACCUUAUUAUGAAGAUAAGAUAGUUACAUUAUUUUACUAAACACAUGGUGGUUUGGUUGGUUGUCUGAUCAACACGGUACUUUUCCGAGGGGUAUUCAAUUUUCUGGGAUGAUUCAGUUGGAGGUCUGCAUACCGGUAGAGGUGGAAGGCAAAUAUGGAGAGUUCUACCCCGGUGUCAUCAAUGGGUUGAAAUCCUUAGAAGAACUUAAUGUGACACUAUUAGAUUCUUCCCACUCGAAAGCCCUUGUGGAAUUCACUCUCCCUCCUUCCUCGUUGCGUCUCCCUCCAAAGGAUCCAGGAACAGUUCUAGAACCAGUCCAAGGACUAGAGGUUGAUGUGUUAAUCAGCUCAUCUCCUGGCGAGCCACCUGUAGACCAUGAGUUAUCAAGUGAUCCGAUUGCUUCUAAACUUUCUGCCUGGUGGCCUGCUGUUGUAAGGAAAAUUGGUGGGAGUUUUGUUAUUGUGGAGUUAAUGGCUGACUUCUCUUCUGAGAAUGCUGGUUCAAACGAAGUAACUGUCCUUCCCAACAAACGCAUUAGUGUCCCUCACCCUUCAUCACUUGAAAAAACAGAUAUUGUUGAAAAGCACCAAUUGAGACCACGGAUUCAUCAUCCCAAUCUUAGUGUCUCGUCCUUUCACAUCCAUGCUAUAGAUAUACCGGACGAGUUAGCUCCAUAUUGCAGAGAGCCUGCCAAUUACCAUCAUUUUGCGCGACGAUGUGGUUUGCCUGUCCUGAUCACUUUGGCGCCCGACACAUUUAAACCCGUGUCCCCAGUUAUUAAGGGGGACAGUGAGACGUACAACCUAAAGUCCCGUUUGCUCGUAAUUUCUACAGAUAUCUCCACAAUCAACAGGGCAUCUGUCAUCGACAACACGUUCGUUGACAUGCUGCGACAAAAAGUCUCCAUUUUGCAACAAACUGAAGAACUAUCCAAAAAGUUGGUGGCGUCGCGCCUUAAUCAGCAAUCACCAUUCGUUGAAGAAUUCCUCAUACCUCUGGAUUUAAUCCAUUAUGCAAUUGGCGCUCAAGGGUCAAAUAUUAGACGCGCUAGUGCUAUUGAAGGUGUACUUUCUGUCAAGCUAGACCGCCAGACUGGUAAUAUCAGGAUUUCUGGGAAGACUCAAGAUGCUGUUAAAAACGCGAAGAAGUUAUUGGACUUCUCUCAAGACAUCUUUCAGAUACCUAAAUCAUAUGUAGGUCCUAUCUUGGGAUCAGGUCGUCGACACGUUCAACAUAUCGUGGAUCGAGUGGGACUUGUUGGAAUCAAGAUUUCUAAAUCACCUGAAGACGAUCGUGAGCACGUUUCAUUCCAGUUAACGGGAACUCAGCAAGCCAUACGUGAUACACAGUUAUUUUUGGAGUUUCAAGUCGCAAGCUUACAGGAGUUAGACCGGCUUCGUGGUGUUGAGAAUCCGCCGUCUAUAUUAAAACCCAAGGAUGCGACCAUCCCACUUAAAGAUAUUUCGAGCAAUGAUGAGUCUUCAACUCCUCUCACACAUUCUGAAAAUGGUCAUCGUAUAUCAAACGGUGACAAUCAAAGUUCAAAAUGCAGUGAAUCUAACUAUGCUGUACAUUCAAAUAGUUGCUCAAAUAAGGAGGAUCCGGAGAAACAAGAAACUACUUAUAACAACAUUACAAAUUCACGUCCACAUCCUGGUGGACGUCAGCCCAAGCCGAGACCUCAAGUCAAUCACAUAAGACCAGGUAUGUUUAAAAGACUGUCAUAAGAAUAGUUUUAUUGGAUUAUUGAUCGAUAAUCUACUAAACUUUUCUUCACUUGGGUUGUUCGAUGAACUCAUAUAAAGUGUUUUCUAGUGUUGUCACAUUAUGUUCAUUUUAAAAAAUAUUACAUCUGGUUUUAGUUACAGACUACGCUUACUGCAGCCACGCUUUCCACUAAUAAACGGAAUGAACAGUGACCUAACAUAUUUAACGUCAUAAACUGAUCACCUUUGUCUAUACGAUGUUAUUUUAAUUGUCUCUAUGGAUAAGUUCUUCAAUGUAAAGAAAUGUAGCAGUAUACUAUCAUUAAAUCGACUAGUGAGAAUUCUUACCAGAAUGUAAGCUUUUUCAUCAUUAAAGAAAUAUGGAAUGACUCAGCCACAUUAUAACAUUGCCAACGCAUUAACUAUGACAAGCUGUAUCUCGAACAGUUAGUUAUCUUAAAAGGAUCGACACAGAAACGAUCUUUACAGUUACUAUCAGCAAUCGCAUACCCAUAAGUAGUUUUGCUUUACAACCAUGAUCAGAAACAGAUUAGAAUCGAAAUUCACGGAAUUAAGAGGAAGAAAAGCGAAUGUCCGGUGCUUUAAACGGGUUGGUGGAUAUGGAGGGUCCACCUAGGGAAGUUAGAAAACCUCAACUCCAAACCAAUGUUGCACAUGGGCUCCAUGAUCCUGAAGAAACAAAUGGUGUGUGAACCAAUUGUUGGUCACCGGCUACCAUGGGACUGCAUCUCCUGACGUCGCUCCACUGCCUUGUGGGUCAGAACAUUAAAUCGGAGGCUCCGUGUGUGAUCCCCUAAGAAAAACACCUGUUUCGGUUUGGGCACCCGGGCAGUAUCACAGUCCACACACAAAUUAGAUGAAUUACGUGGCGCAUUUAUAUUCGGUGCCCCUUUAUAUCAAUAUUUAUGUGUUCAAAUAAAUAAGUAUUGGUAAUAAUAUUGUGAUUAACAUGUCCACGGAAUCAUUGUUAAUUACUUAAGUCUAUGCUUUUAGAUACCAAGGAAGUUAAGGGUGACAUCUCUGUGUUGUAACUUGUUAAAAAUCAAACGAAAAGCUUAUCUCGUGGAGGUUUUGUUAUAUCUUGGAAAGAGUAGUUCAGUGUUUUAGUUAGUUUUGUUAGAAGUAUGAUGGUUGUCUGCGUACCACAUAGUUCAUUCGGUACCAAAAACCUAUCACUUGUUUACAUUCCAUUGAUAUAUUAAGUAGACGGCAAUAACAGUCUAUGAAAUCAUAAACUAGUUUUGAAUCCCGUGAUGUUCUUUCCGAGGUCAUUAAAACAACUACAGUAUGAAUUAUAAGCGGAGAUGAAUGACGAUAAUACCAAUACAAAAAUGAAUAACAACAUGAAUUGCUUAGUUUUUCGGUACCGUCGUGUUAUAAUUUUCGUCUCGUUAAUUUUCUGUUGUGCUGAUGUAAAAUGUAGCAGUGUGAACGGACGUACAUAUGCUGUUAGUGACUAACUGAUCAGUUACAUGAAUUACAUAAGAUGGAUUCAUCGAUAUGACAACUGUUUCCUUGUCUACACGAAUGGGGCGUUAUUUUGUCUUAGACGAAUAUUAUCUACACUACAUUCCCUCCCAGUGUCUGUUCUACAGGAAUUCAACACAACUCAGAUCAAGAACACGUGAUUAGCCCGACUAGAAUGUAAAUAUAUUUCCACACCAAAAAAACCGACAAGAAGCCGACACAAUCUAACAAAAAUCCGAGUAAUAAUAAGGUUAAGGGAAAAUACAACUCAUCUAGUACCUGUCAGACUACUAGUCUCACUAAGCAAACAACUUAUCAUUGUCAAUCUCGCCCACACAUUAACAACAAUUUCAAAAAACCACACUUCUGGUGGUUAAAGAAACAAUUAGUAGGGUAAAUAUCUUAGAUCAGCGUCUCUCAUCAUUGCAUUUCACUGUCUUUCUGAGCUCUCGAAAAACGCCAUGGUUCAAACUAACACAGUUCAAGUCUAUAUUAUUUAAAGUAGGACAAUUUUAUUGAUAUUACGAACCUAUUUAAGUUAGGCAGUCAGUGUAAACAUGAGAUCACUGGAUGGCCGUUUUGUUCUAGUACGGGACCCCUCAGCAGUGCACACAGACGACUCCGCGACUGGUAAUCAAACCCUGGACAUCCAGUCUCACGCUCAAACACUUAAUCUCUAGACCACUGAGCCGGGAGCCAAUAGUGUGCAAAUUUAACUUCAAGGCUAAAAUGAUUGAUUAAUAAUCGGAUUGUGGUUUAUUAUUUUUUCAUAUUCAUAACAAUCAAUAUUUCGCUUUCAACUUUAGAUUCUCGUCAAAUUCCUCGCAUUCAACGAGGCGGUGGUGAAAGUAUUCGCAAUAGUGGAAGUAAUCAUACAGGUGUUUCUAAGUCUUCGGCCAACCAUGUUAACUCCAAAAACCCUAAUCAGCAAAGAAAUCAACCGAAUCAUCGUUCGGAUUCCAUGGGACCUAGAGGACAAAAUAUGUGUGCCCCAAUUGUUAGCUGAAUAAAUUUUCCAGUUGGAGUUCAAUGAACAUUUUCAGUAGACCACUCAGUUUUAAGUGCUUACCCUUACCUCCGCUUUGACUAUCCAAAUAUCCCAUUUUAUUGUACCUUUAUUCAAUUCGGCUGUCAUUUCCUCUAUACACACUCACACUGUGUAAAUCAGAUUGGAUAACUGGAAACUUGUUUAAGGGUGAUUUUUAAAUAAUCUUUCUUAUUUUUAGUGCAUAUUACUAAAUAUUCUUUGCUUUUUUCUUCCUGGUGAUAUUCACGUAUUGUUUCAACCAGUUGUAAUCUUGAACCAUGUUCUGUAUAUUGUUUCUGUUAGUUUCUGGAUUCACCAACUAAUAAAAACAAAGUAUUAUCAUACUUGGUAAUUAUCCAUUUUUAGUAAACAUCUUUGCUUUCACCCGUAUCUGAACUUAUGGCAUUACCUCAACCUAAUACCUCAGAUUUAUGUACAAAGCAUGAACUAUAUGAAGGGUUAUCCUACUAUACUUGGUUUGUAUUAUAGUUUUUAUUUAGUGCGUUUAUUAUUCAUUUCAUGUUGACUUGUUUAUCGUAAAAAGUAGACCACAAUAAGAAUUAAUAUAGUGUGAGUUGUCAAUAUUCUGUCGCUUAAGAUUUAUCACCAUAUAAUUUGAAUUUGAAUCACUUUACUGUAGUACACGGCACUCAGUACAAUGUUUUAUAGCAAUCAGUUUUAAAGCAAAUGGUUCGUUUAAUAAAUGCACUGAAUCUAUUCAGUCUAGCUUGAUGUUCUGAUUAU